CGCGUCCGCAUGCGGUCGGCGCUGUCGACGCUGAUCGCGUGGACGUUCGCGUGCGCGGCGAUCACGCACGGCGGCGCGCUCGACGCGUGCACGCGCGCGUGCGCGCAGCCGUUGCGAUACUUUUACGUCCCGCGCGUCGACGACGACGACGACGGCGGCGACGCCGCGCGAGACGGCGGUGCGGAUGCGAACGACGACGGUGGGUCGCGACGGCGGCGACGCGCGCGAGAGCGACGAGAGAAGAAAGAGGCGGACGCGUUCGCGCGAUCGGCGGUGGCGAGCGUGGACCUGGCGUUCGAGAGCUUGCGACGGAGGGCGUCGUUCGCGGAGGCGGACGCGUGUUGCUUUUUGGGCUUUUUGGUCGCGUGCGAGAGCGUCGGAGCGUGGGCGCUGCGAGCGUGCGCGAACGCGCCAGACGAUGCGCUGACGCCGGUGCUCGCGGCGGCGGGCGUCGUCACGGCGUGCGCGUCGCUCGUGGCGGCGUACGCGAAUAGAGAGACGACGCCGAGCGGCGAGCGGCGAGUGGCGUGCGGCGUCGGAUUCGCGGCGUGGAUGGCGUCGACGUUCGCGGUGUUUUUAUUACCGACCACGGUCGUCGAUUUUCGGCACGUGGAGUCAGCGGAUGCGGUGAACGAGGCCUUGGCGCGCGGCGGCGCGACGGCGCGCGCUUCGACGCUGCACGCGGGGUUGGCGCACGCCGUCGUCGGCGCUCUGAUCGCCGCGCUCACGCUUUCGAGCGCGGUGCGCAUGACGAAGAGUUAUUUAACCGCGACAAAUAUCCCCGAGUGGGCGGCAACGUACGCGGGGACGUCUUCGACGCCACUGUGGCGAAGGUUUGUGCUUCACACCACCUUUGCGGCGCCGCUCCUGACGCUCGUCGUCAGCGCGCCCUCGAUGUUAGCCGAGCCAUUGCGAUGGAGCGAUCAGAGCGCUCGCGACGCACAGAGCAUAUCGUUCAUCAUCGCUGGGUUAUGUAUGUUCGCGUCGAUGCAACCGCUGACGCAAGCGUUCUUGGACGGCGGAUUGAUUGCAUGGUACGAAGUCAAGGAAGGAACCGACCGCGAACGACUCACCGAACGCGAGCACUUCAUCGUCUCGAGAAAGCUCGACGUGACGAACCAUCUCGUCGGAAAGGUUUUGCUCCAAGUCGCCGCACCCGCGCUGCUGUUGCUCUCUUGCGGCAUCGGCGCUUGGUCGUGUGGUUGGACGAGCGCCAGCGACGCGUCGCCGAUAUCCAUCGUCGCCGCCGCGCUCUUCACCAACAUCGGCUACUUCGCGUGCGCGUGGUCCGUGAUCACGGGCGCGAUCACGAUCGUCAUGUCCCAGCCUUUGUUCACCUCGCGAUGAGUUUAAGUAGGCUUCGCGAUGAGUCCUAGGCCU